CCCCAUACUAACCUAGCCCCGCCGCCAUCUCUCUCUACUACAUCUCGAGUUGACCAGCUAUCCUGCUGCAUAGAGUCCCAGCAAGUGCCUGUUGCUGCUGCUGCUGCUGCUGCUGCUCCUGCUGCUGUUUGUGUGUAUACCAGCCUACUAGCUAGUCUUCACACCAAACCGGGCCGCACCAGAGCAGGAACACUCUGAACAGUGCCUUGCAAGACACAGCGCCGAUCGAAGCAGCUAGCCAGUUGUCUUUUGGGACAGCGCGAGCCAGCAGGUUCUCAACGUAGCACAAGUGUGCGGCGUUGUCGCUCGCGCCCUAACUUAGUCAAUGACAGCAAUAGGGAAGCGUGUGCAUGGUCCUCCUCCAAGUUUCAACGAGUAAGAGAAUCAGCUAUCCAUCAGCCGAAGUGACCGUUUACAACUGCGCUGUAGAUCGCUACUCUAUAACAGGGUGGCGGGUCAAUUUGGGAAGUCCCUCUACUUCCCUCUUCAUCCUCUAACUUCUCUCUGCGGCUGACUGUUUGACAGGUGAAAGUGGAACGAGGAUGUUGAUCUACAGCAUAUCCGAAUAGCAGUUACCGUUCCCAGAGCGAGCGUUUCAACAGCAACUACAACAUUUGCUACUUCGCGAUUUAUCAUUGGAGCUCCGCUCCAUACUCGUUGUUCGUCCCCUGCAUCUCGUGUGGAAGUGGGGAGCACAAGAAGUAGUAUUAGUACACGUGUAUGCGCGAUACUUCGUUCGAUAAGACAACGACACUUUCAGCCUGGUGUUGCUAUCAUUUUCGCACUAGGUGCGCGAGGGGAUCUGCUAGUAGUAGUACUCUUACUCCCCUGCUGCUUCGCUGAAGAGGAGAGAGAUUAUCUCUGCGGGGCCCUGUGCCUAUCAGCUUUUCUGGACCAGCCGGACGCCUCCCUCUACCACUGCUACUGCUACCGAUCCUACUACUGCUGUUGCAACCAGUUACCUUCGGUUUCUACCCCGGGAGCGCGCUGGAUAUACCAGUGCUGUUCAGAGUACAUCACAGACACUCACGCUCUGGCAGUCCCCUCACGGCCUCAGUGUUCUCAUUGCAGAGAUAUUGCGUGGUGAAAAGAUGUCAAUGAGCCUUUCCUUGUGGUGCCAGUGCUAGCGGAGCUCCGUCUUCUUUAUCUUCAAAGCCAAAUCAAGUUUAAAUCCGCUAGUGAAGUGCUCACUGCUGAGCCAUUGGCUGACGUGAAGCUUCACCACACUCCACAUUACAUAACUGCUGAAUAGUUGAUGACCGUCACCCAAGUGUUGAAUCGGAACCAGUGGACCAUCCAUUCAAGUGCCGUUAUGAACUUCCUUUGAUUUUGGACACAAAGCCACGAGUGGACGUCCAUCGCGGAAAACCAAGGCUCGUGACGAACCCGAAUCGCGAAGGCAGUGAGUCUGCAAGUCACAUAACCAGUAACGCUACUAACAGUAACACACUGUUAGCUGCAGCUCAGCGCACACACGCCUGGCAGCCAGCUGAUACCGUGUGGCUGUGAGCAGUGACCGCGUCUUUGCUAGCCCUCCAAUCUCCGCAAACCGAGCUACACUGUUGCUGCAUUAUCUACAUCAUGGCAUUAGCAACAAGCAGACCACCAGGUCGACGAUACACACAGGAGUUGCGCUUCGCUUUGGGCAAAAGACUUCAGGGGAGGUCAGGGAAAGGUGACGGAAGACUGUCCUUUGCUAAACCGUCGCUUCGACGUUUUGGAGGCUCACAAAUGGAUUUGCGAAAACUAGCCUACAAUGAGGAAUUGGACUUGGACUCGGAGAUGGACCCGGUGGACGAGUUGUGCGACUCGUUGCUGCGAAGUACAAAAUACUCGCUGGAUAUGAUCAUAACUCAGCCGCACAUGCUACCGGAGUACCCCGGGGCUUACUUACUGCUGUCCAAACUUCAUCCGACCCUGCACGGAGGAGAGACGGUCAUUUUCGCUGGCACAGCUCCCGACGGCCUGCGUUAUACGCUGAACCACGAGUUGGUGGCGUUCCCACGCCGCGUGGACGGCAUCCUGGCAAGGUGGAGGCUGAACGACACGUUACGUACUCGGCUAAAAGUCCAGUUUGUCGCUGGUCCGUACAUCACCCAUGUCCAGGUCGUCGACCAUCUGACCAGUCAGUUGGGAUACUGCCCACAGUUCAACCGGGGAAGUUCUUACGCUCUGGAAGAGAGUACAAAGCCAUGGGUGACAAUAGAAACACUCCGACGACAAGGACAGUCUCAGUCAUCCCUAUCAUCGUCCUCGUCGUCUUCCGGCUCAUCUCGGUCUUCGACAGCCUCUUCUGCUUCGCCAUCUCCUGCCAGCUCUCCUUCUCCAUGCAAGAACUUCCUGCCGUCUGCUGAUCUGUCAGCGCCAACACACACUCGUGCAGUGCCGCAUCGUGUUCCGCCGUACGAGGCUGCCCGCUACUGCGGUAAGCUGCUAGAGUUUCCAGCUAGCGAGGUGAGCGACAUUCAGGGAACGAUACCGUCGACGCCGGGCCUGUACAAUUUGAUCGACGGGGAAACCAAUGAAGUGAUGUACACGGGAACAUGCCCAUCGCUUCUACGCAGCCUGCAGCGACACAUUUGGCCGACGGGCCUUGACAAGUUCCUCGUGGACUUGCAGCUCUGCGGCAAGCUGGACUGCAUCAGUGUUCGCGUCACAGCCUCCUCUCUGCCUCGCCGAGGACUCACUAACCCAGACCUGGUCAAGUGUUUGAGUACGAAGUUCAACUGCAAUCCCAUCAUUUCAGAACAGCCCGUUUGAAGGUACCGCCACCAGCAUCCCGCAUGACACUCCGCACAUGGUCAAUGCUGCCUUGAUGUGACUGAGCCAGGUAUUUGACAUAUGCCGCUUGUAACAUGAAACUCUCUGACAGCUGCCAGAAGUUCUCACCUGGUACCAGCAAAGCCACUCAAGGUUAGAAUAUUGCCAGGUUGCUUCACUCCUGAAAGGAACUCACUGGGCUGGUCCAGUAAAAUUGCAACUAACUUACUGACUGCUCUUUCACUUCCAAGUUUUCCAAAGGACAGAUUGUCACUCAGCGUGUAGCUACUGCAACACAAAGUGCUGACAUGUACAUGAUUGUACAGCAUAAGCCUGUGUCAUUCUUUCCGGCGCCACACUUCACGUACUAGCUCACCUUUGCUCACCACUGUUUUUGUUUUUCGUAAAUUGUCAAGACAGAAGAAUAUUAUUAUAGCUACCCUAUUUUUAUAUUUCCACUAAGAAAAUUUGCCCCUAUCUUGA